CGCGCGCGGGCUCGCGGAGGAGGCGGCAGAUAGCAAGGCUGCGGCGCCUGUAGCUGCUGCUCCGCCCUCUCCGCCGGGGCUGCCGCCGCCGCCCCCCCAGGCUCCGAGGGAGGGAGCCGUGUCCCCGCCCGCCGAGCCGCCAGUCCGACCCUCGGUCCCGCCGCGUGAGCACUCGCCCAGCGAAACUCAGCGCCGACGCCGCCUCGGCAGGUGCCCGUGACGAGGCGCCCGGGCCGCGGCUACUCUCCGAACCCAGCGGCGGCGCACUCGCUGCCCGCGCUCCAGAGGGCCAGCCGGGGAGGCCGCCGCGGGCCCGGCGCUCAGCAUGAACCGCGGCCACAGGCACGGCGCGGGGAGCGGCUGCCUGGGCACCAUGGAGGUGAAGAGCAAGUUUGGAGCAGAAUUUCGUCGAUUUUCACUGGAAAGAUCAAAACCUGGAAAAUUUGAGGAGUUUUAUGGAUUACUGCAGCAUGUUCAUAAGAUACCCAACGUCGAUGUGCUGGUGGGCUACGCAGACAUCCACGGAGACUUACUGCCUAUAAAUAACGACGAUAAUUACCACAAGGCGGUUUCAACAGCCAAUCCACUGCUUAGGAUUUUUAUACAGAAGAAGGAAGAAGCAGACUACAGUGCCUUUGGUACAGACACACUAAUAAAGAAGAAGAAUGUUUUAACUAAUGUAUUACGUCCUGACAACCAUAGAAAAAAGCCCCACAUAGUCAUUAGUAUGCCACAAGACUUCAGACCUGUGUCUUCCAUAAUAGAUGUGGAUAUUCUGCCUGAAACACAUCGUAGAGUUCGUCUGUACAAAUACGGCACCGAGAAACCCCUGGGAUUCUAUAUCCGAGAUGGCUCCAGUGUCAGGGUAACACCCCAUGGCUUGGAGAAGGUCCCAGGGAUUUUCAUAUCCAGGCUCGUCCCAGGAGGUCUGGCUCAAAGCACUGGACUAUUAGCUGUUAAUGACGAAGUCUUAGAAGUUAAUGGCAUAGAAGUUUCAGGGAAGAGUCUUGACCAAGUAACAGACAUGAUGAUCGCGAACAGUCGGAACCUCAUCAUCACGGUGAGACCCGCAAACCAGAGGAAUAACAUCGUUAGGAACAGUCGGACUUCCGGCAGCUCUGGCCAGUCUACUGACAAUAGCCUUCUCGGCUACUCGCAGCACAUUGAACCAAGCUUUGAGCCGGAGGAUGAAGACAGUGAAGAAGACGACAUUAUUAUUGAAGACAAUGGAGUGCCGCAGCAGAUUCCAAAGGCUGUUCCUGCUGCUGAGAGCCUGGAGUCCUUGACACAAAUAGAACUCAGUUUUGAGUCUGAACAGAAUGGUUUUAUUGCUUCUAAUGCAGUGAGCUUAGCGCCCGUAGCAGGUGGCACAAACACAGAAUUUGAAGCACGUGCUGCAGAUCAGAAACUCUUAGAAGAAGAUGGGACAAUCAUAACAUUAUGAAGCCAUCAUGUGAGGGUUUCCGAAUCCUGAGGAUGCCGUGGAACAUGUUAAUUUGUCUAGUGAAUUAAAGCAUAUACACCUCUGAACCAGUGACAUGAGCAGGCAUGAAAAAAUAAUAUUGCAAGCUUAAAAUGUUACUACAAUACUAGAUUGAUAAUUGUUACUGUAAACUGGUGACUCAGAGGUGAAUUUAUGUCUAAAACAAAAGGGCCUUUGCUAAUGAAAUUAUGUGUUUCUGCUGUUUUUUUUCUGUGGAGAACUGGAUCAUGGAGCACAUUCCUCAGCCUGUGUGAGAGGACUGGAUCAUUUCUGCUUGAAGUGGUUGCAUAUUUAACCUGCUAUGCAGAGACCCGUUAAUUUUCCCUUUAGCUGUACUUUUACAAUUCUGAUGUGAAAAAGUCUGAUUUUUCUCUUUUGGUUCACUGAUACUGUGUGUGUAUGUUGGUUUGUUUUUUAAUGUUCCUUUGUUGUUAAUUGUAACAGAUUCUCUUCACAAAUGCAUUUUCCCCCCAGUUUUUAAAAAAUCAAACCGGCUGGCCAGUGUUAGGAGUUGCCUCCUGUACUACUCAGCACUGAAGCGCCUUCCUGAGCGUGAAGCCAUGCCCGUGCUCACUUCAGUGUGUGUCGUCCUGUACCUUCCUAGUUACGGACAGCGCUCUGUGGGCACCAGCAACGCCUCCGAGGGCAGCUCCACUGCCUGGCAAUGCAGGAGCCGCUCUCCUUUAACCUGUUCUUGUCUUCAUUCUUAGUCACAUUGGAAAUCAUUCCUUUUGUUUUUAAUAUGUGUUUCAUUGGUGUGCUUUUUUAUACUCUUAAUGAGUUCAAGUGGUAUGAAUCAUUUUGGAUUAAAAAGGCACCCAAAGGAAGGUUUUACAUACAGGAAAAACUUGUGCACUUUUUAUACAAAAAUUGGGUUUUCCUUCAUUGGGCUGUCUAGGAACACUGCCUACACUUUAUGAAAUAUGUAGUAUUCACCUAUGACGGGUAGAGUUUAUUAAUUUUAUGAGGCUAUUUAUUAUUUUCCAGUGCAUCCACUUGGGAGGAGCUAGGAGUAAGGCUGCUACUUUCAUCCUGUGCCUGGUUUCAUUGUAUCGUGUGCUCAGCACUGCAGUAUGCGUGGAGUAGAAGGUCAGAGGAGUGUGGAGACCUGAUUCUCCUCUGGCUUAGGGAGAGUUAUUUAUUAAGUAAUUUUAUGGUAGGACUAGUACGGAUACCUGUAUAACAAUUGUGUGCUAUUAAAACAAUGAAGAUUUAAAUGACUCCGUUUUGAAGGAUGUUUCCUCUGUAUGGUGAAUACAUGAAGCAGCGAAGUCUUAACUUAAUGAUCAUCACUGGACCCAGAGAACUUCACUGUUUUCUGUUCUCGUUACCACUAAGGAUAUUCUCUGUACACUGUUAACCGACUACACAACAUUAUGUGGCACAAUGUACUUGUCGAAUUCACUGAAGUUCUUUUAUGUAUAAUAACAUUCCAGCUUUAUCAUUCUUGAGUCUUAGAAAUCCGACUCUUGAAUGGCAAGAUAAUGUUUGUUGUAGCAAGUUAAAUUUCAUUUAUGAUAUAAGUGGUGCCGGGGUUCAACAUUUUAAGUAAAAAUACUUUUUACACACUACCUCUCUCUUUCUUUUUUUUAACAAAGUUUUAACAUUAGAAUUUUUCUCUUGGGGAAAAUACUUCAGGGCUUGACUUUUGUACAGAUUUUAACUGUAAAGUACACAUUUAUCUUGGUAUCCGUGAAAAUGGAAAUCAAAGCUGCUAGAUAAUUAUUAAUUAUCCUGAUAAGGAUAUGUACCAGUGGUAUUUUCAACUAAAUCUCAGUAAGUUAUUGGUGAAAUGAUUAAUGGACAUACUGUAAAAUCAUUGGAUCUUGGUUACUGGCAAGUCCUAUGCAGUUAUUGCAUUUUAUUGGCGUCUGCAUCAGUUAUUUCAAGUACCCGUUAAUAUCAGUGAAUCCAGUGUAAAAUUUUAUAGUGCUAAAUGUCAAGCCUAACUGUGAAUUUUGUUCUGUACCUUCAGUAACUUUAUGACAAUGUUCUCAAGCUGUCAACAAUAUAUGUACUUUUGUGAACUAUGAAUUUUCUAAUUAAAUUUUACAUGUUAUAACAUGA